CUUCGAGGAAGCAUGAAGCGCGUGCGAGUGCUGGAGCGGGUCGCCGGCGUCGUCGUCUUCAUCGGCGUCGUCUGCGGGAUCCUCGCCCUCUGCGGCGUCUUCAAGUCGUCACCGACGCCAACGUUCGACGACGUCGCGCCGACCGCCAACAACGACGCGGGCAACACGCGACCGGGCAACUGCUCGAGCGUUCCGCCCGGGAAGCGCGUCGUCGCGUACUGGAGCUCCGAGAUGGCGGGCUGCGAAUCGCUUCCCGACGGCGUCACGCACGUCGUGCUCUUCGCGGCGACCGUCGGUCCGAACGGCGCCGUCGCAACGUCGCUCCAGGCGUCGGACGACGUUGUCAACGCCUGCCUCUCGGCAUUGCACACACGCUGCGUGGACGUGCUUGUCGGGCUCCACAGCGCCAACACAUCCGAGCUCAUUGCGUCGCCGCCGGCCCAGGUCGCCGACGGUGUCUCGACGCUCCUUGGCAAGUUUGAUUUUGACGGUGUCGCCGUCCACGACGAGUCGGACGCGACCUCCAACUACACCAACGACGGCGUCGUCGCCUACAUGACGGCGCUCUCCGACGUCGUCCGCCCGAGAAACCUCACGCUCACGUACGACGCGCGCCUGUUUGAGGCCGACGCAAGCGUCUGCGCCGAGUCCAAGUGCUUUCCGUCCGGCCUCGUCGCGCUCGUCGACUGGGUCAACGUCUUCGCGUUCAACGCGGCGAAGGACGACGCCGAGGCCAGCGUCGUGUACGCGGCCGCGCUCUCGUCCGACGGCGUCUUUGCCAAGUGGACGGCCCUCCUGGGCGCCGCGAAAGUCAACAUUGUCGUCUCGGCGGCCGGCAGUGCGUCGUGGGGCCCGGACCUGAGCUUGGCGACGAUCGCGAGCUACACGACCUUUGGCGGCGCGGCGGGCGGCGUCGGCGUCUGGACCGCGUCGCAGGACAUGUACACCGAGUACCCGGUGCUGAGCCACGUGCUCGACACGCGCCAGGGGUUCCAGAGCGUGCACACGGCGCCGCCAACCGCCGUGGCCACGCCCCCCAAGGCCACGAAACCCCUCUCGGUGUUUUGCCGCAGCGGCAUCAGCUACACGGUCAAGACGGGCGACGCGGCGUGGUCCAUCGUCACGAGUGUCUGCAAGAAGACCACCAACACCAAGUGCAGCCGCAUGGGCAUCUGGCUCUACCGGACGAGCUCCCUCGACCUCUGUCCGAGCGAUCUCGGCACGGGCGACAAGGUCACCGUCUGCUGCGGCGUCAACUAGCACGUGCAUUGACUCACGUUAAGGAAGCAGCGUCAGC